UCAAAUUAUUUGUGUACAGUUGGGUGUUGUCGCUAUUUCUUAAAUUAAUAUUUUAAUGUUUUUGCAUGUAUUUCUUUGGCGGCAAUAUUAAAUUUAAAGAUCUUAUUUCAUUAAUAAAUUAAAAGAGAAAUUCAAAACGAUUUAUUUUCAAGACGCUUAAUGAUAAAACUGGGAAUGCUUAUGUAAUUGAUGAUCUUUUAUUUUUUCGAGUUGCCAUGUCUUAAUGAAGUUUAAUAUUUUCAAAAGAUCUUAAUUUAAUCGUUUCUUAAUGUACAAAAUGACUUCUCCUACGAAACAUAAAAAUAAUGUGGUUGAAGCUGAUGCUUCUCCUCAGCAACAUGAACUUACUGCUUUGUCUCCCGUUACGAACUUAGCAUUCAAUUUGAAAAGCCUUUCUACUUCGAAGUGUGGGACUCCUAUUCGCCGCAUAUCUUGGUCCAACCCAUAUUCAAACGAAGAUUCAAACAUGCAUUUCAUGAAAUCGAUGUCUCCGUAUGUUGAUUCACCUACGUUUUUUGAAAAUGUGCCAAAUAAAUGUAAAUCAAAUUCGAAAUUGUAUGCUAAUUAUAAAACUCUGCCAUCUGAUAGUGAUGAGGAUAAAGAAAAUGCUGCUCCAUCUCAGGUUAACUCAAAAGAUAUAAAAUCGGGAAGCACUAGCUCAAUGGAAUUUGAUUCUCAAGACAGUGGGUAUUCUGGUUUUGGUCAUGAAUUUAGCAAGUCCAGCUUUCAUCCAACCCCACGAGCAAAAGUUAGAAGCUCUAUAUUCGCUGAUGAUGUUGAUGAAGAUAGUUUGGAAAACUUUUUUGAUUUAGAAGACUUUGAAGCUGAACUUACACCUAUGCCAGAUAUGACGAAUUUGCUAACCAAACCUUUACAUGAUUCAUUUAAGGCAAAAUAUCCAUCUACCGCAAAGAAAGAAGGCAAGCAACCUAUCAGAAGAUGCCUUUCAAUGGAUGUAGAUUGUGAAUUAAGUUCAUCCAAUUCACCAUCCCAAGAAAUAAUUUCACAAAAAGGCACCUACAUUGCAACAAAUUCUUUAAAAGAUAAUGCUCGAGAAAGUGAGAUUACUAAUAAAUAUACAUUCAAGCGUCCUGAACCCCCUGAUACCGCACUGUCCUUUCACAAUAAACGGCGAAAAAGUUCACCCUCAAUUGAUAUUAGUCCCAGUUAUAUCUUCAAGAGAUCCUACUCUGAAACUGCAACUACUAUUAUGUAUGCUUUGCAACAAACUGAACUGCAGCCUGAGUUGAUUGGCGAUUGUAGCAAGGCAUAUGCUCUACCACUUAUAAGAGGACGUCAUCAGGAUUUGAAGUGCAUAUCAUCUGAGACACUAGUCAAGGUUUUAAAGGGUGAAUUUCAUGAUGAAAUUACAUCCUGUACCAUUGUGGAUUGCAGGUAUCCAUAUGAAUUUGAUGGUGGACAUAUCCAAGGUGCAAAAAACAUUUACACGAAAGAAGAUAUAUUGGAAUUCUUUUUAAAAGAUGGUACAUUCUUCACAUCAGGAAGAGACAUUAUUGUUUUUCACUGUGAAUUUUCUUCAGAAAGAGCUCCCAAUUUGUGUCGCUUCCUAAGAAACAAAGAUCGUGAAAAAAAUGAAGGUAGCUACCCUCGUCUUCAUCAUCCUGAAAUUUACAUUUUAGAAGGUGGAUACAAAGCUUUUUAUGAACAUUUCAAGGAAUAUUGUGAACCCCAAAGUUAUACACCAAUGAACCACAAAGAUCAUGGCUUUGAUUUGCGCCAUUUUCGAGCUAAGUCAAAAUCUUGGGGAGCCGAUUCAAAAUUGCGCUACACUUUGAAAUCGUCUGUUCCAAAGCAGCAAAAUGAUUUGGGAGUUUUGUCCGAGCGAUUUUCACAUGGUGAUAUUUCAAGCUCACAAUAGCUCUCAGUGUAAUGUUUCUGAUCGUGGAAGGAACUAACUAUAAGUCAGCAAUCCUUGUUGAACUACUCUGAAAAGAAUGGUUUUCAAGUGCUUCCAAAAAUUUUAUGAGCCAAGAUUACAAGUAUAUGAAUUACAAAAUUUAUUGCUCUGAUUGCCCCAUUUUGAAGCUAAGUCAAAUUCUUAACCAGUCGAUUCAAAAUUGCGCGAAUGUUACAAUCGUCUGCGUUAAACCAUUAAAAUGAUUCUUGAGUUCUGUUGGAAAGAUUUUGCAUGAAAAAACCUUCAAGCUCAAAAUUGCUGAAAUUAUUUUAUUUCAUAAAAUGCUUAGUACAAAUUUUUAAAUACAUUAGAUUUAAAAUUUCAUGAUCUGGCAAUGAGCAAACUCAAUUUUAAAAUUAAAGUUUUAUAUUUUUAUAAUUUUUUAGCUUACUUGAUAUUUUUGGGUAAUAUAAUUUGUUUUUAUGAAUAGUGUUCUUUUUAAUUUGUAAUAUAUUUGUGCUAUUCAGUGACCUAAAUUUUUGAGGUAAUAAUGUACUGUAACGUUUUUGUUAUUGAGUCCCAAGUAUUUAAAUACACUGUAUACUUGAAAAGAUCAAAACAAGACAUUUUUCUUGGCUAUUGCAAGAAAUUGUAUGAUUAGGGAUUUCUUCUUUUUCUUUUCCCCCUGAAUACUUUUAGUUAUUAGCUUGUUCAAAAGAAUUCUUUUUAUAGAUUAAUUAAAAAGUUCAAUGUUUUGGUAUUUUAGUGUUCACUGCUGCUAAAAUUGAUUUUUUAAAAAGCUUUUAGUUUUUUUUAAAAAUAGAAUGAUAUAUUAUUAAGUCAUUAUUUUUUACUACUAAUUACACAAUACAGUUUUAAUUAUGAAUUCAGUAUGAGCUCAAAUCAGCAUGAGAUUAUAAACGAUAACAGAUUUAUAUAUACAAGUAUAAUGACUUUUUGUUCAAACUGUUGGUUAAAUUAAAUUUGGUCAUCUUAUAAAUUAACAUUGGAUUCCUUACUGUUAACUCUAACUACUAUUCCUAAAGGUAACCAUCAAGCUUUCUAUACAAGCUCAACACUUUAAUGUAAUAGGUGUAAGUAAAUAUUUAAGUUUUAUUUCACAUGCUUUUACCUUUUCUUAAAAACAGCUGAGAUUCAUUAUUUCCAUAAUCUGUAAUCAUGUAUAAGCAUGUAGUUUGUCUUUUCUAUCUCAUAUUUUACAAUUUGAACCUAUUGUUUUGUAUGAAUUAUGAGGUUUUAUGCAAGGUUCGUAUGGGAUUCAUCAGGGAGCAAUUUCAAGCAUUUCCUUUUGGAGUGCAAUUUUAUUUAUGAUGAAUGUAAUUUAAUGUAUGAAAUUUGUAAUGUAAGAAUGAAUUUUGCACUUAAGUGUAAUAAA